CUACCACCUUCUCAAAACAAGCCAUUAACUAAAUACAUGAUCUCACUCAGAGCAAAUGUCCUUCUCCUCCUAUCAUUAUACAUCAUCUCAAGUUGUAUCUACUUAUAAAAAAGUAAUUCCAAUUUGCUCUACUAACAAUAUCAAACUCCGAUUCCCAACAACCCAAUUCAGUUUCUAGUAAAGUACUUUCUGCAUAGAGCAGACGCCAUUACAUAUUUAUAUUUGAAGCGACAGGCACGAAACACCGUUCUGAUCGAAGAAACUUCCCUGAUUGGGUUUAUUUGCUCUUCCCCACACUUCACUUAUAUAGUAUGCUCAAUUGCCAACCCAAUUCAUUCAAUUUUGAAUCUCUGUGCAACUACUAUUAAUCUUCAAAUCCACAUCAUCGUCUCAUUGUGACUGUACUUGGAUAUUUGAAGGAUACGAAGUUCUAAACUCUUACGGAAAAAGCUCAGUAAACAAAUCUUUUGAUUAAGAAAAUCUAUCACCCUCGUCCUUUGCUGAGUUAAGUUCAUCUCUCUCAUAGCCCUCAUACAUAUAGUCCUCAUAUCAAAAGUCAUUUAUUCCUCGCACAACGAACAGCUGCAAAAAAAGUUAGUACACCGGUUGUUACACUAGCAACUGCAUUGAUAACAGAUUCAUACACUUUUCACAAAAUGACUACCAACUUAGUACAGAAUAUAGAUUAUCAAACAAAUAUACCAAUAAACACUACGUAUCUAGCAUGGCAUGAAAUCAUUGAUGCACCUAGCAAAACAUCACGCUGGUUGCAAAUAUGCAAAAUCUACAUAGACAACACAGAAGCCUUUUAAAAUCAUAUCUUAAACCAGAAUAACUAUGAAACAAACAAAAUAGACUCGAUAUAUUGCAAAAAUAAUAUCUUACAACAGUGCUAACUACAAAAAGUCGCAAGUAUCUACAUAUUAAACACCUAU